CGCUGUGGUGUCACUGAUUCCCAGUUCUCCUCCAGUCACUGGAGACCUCUCCUCCGUUAUUUUCUGUCAGGUGCUGCGGAGCCAGAAAGCAGGGUGGUUGCACCCAUCCCUCCCGGAAGCGCCCAGGCUCCGCGCCCGUUAUGGAGCCGCCCUGCAGUCCCAGCCGGUCGGGCCAUGUUCCCGCGCCGGAGGAGUCAGCCCCGGCCUCGGUGACCCUGACGCAGCUCCUGCAGCUGGUCCAGCAGGGCGAGGAGCUCCCGGACCUGGAGAGGCGCCACAUCGCGGCGACCCUUGGCGAACCCACGGCAUCCCGGCUCCCGCGGAGGCCCAAGCCCUGGGAGGCCGCAAGCUCCGCAGAGGACCUGGCGCCGCCGCCCCAGACCUUGGGCCACAGGCCCACCGACCCUAAAGUAUGGGCAGAGCAACCUCCUGGAGGAGCCCGGCUUGGCGCAGGUGCGACGGCGCCUUCCUAGGUGGCACCUAGUGGGUUCCUGGUGCUCGAGGUCUUUUGCAGCUGUGAAUGAAAAAUGUUGCCUGUCAUAUCAACAAAGGAUGCUGCGGCCAACAGCCACUACCGCUCCUUGCCCACGGUGAGCUUUGAGGGAACUCAGGAUGGAGACAAAUGGGCUGCCGGCUGCCAAGCCCUUAGCCCCUGCAGCACCCGCAAUGGUGCUCCCUAGGAGACUCAGGAUGGAAAGCACAGGUACUUUCCCUAGGCAGCUGAGGUGCAUUUCAAAGGGAUGAUUUCAAUGAGCCCAGAUUCUUGCUUAUUCCCAUGCAUAGAAGAAGCACUAAAUUCAUUGACUUGAGAUGUCUGGUUUUCUUUAAUUAACAGAAAUCUUUUGUUGUUCCAGCUAUCUGGUUGACUACCUGGCUUUUGUUGCAAAACUGUAUUUUGGUUCCUCCCUUCUCUCUUCUGAGCAGUCCCUCAGAGCUAUCUGCAAGGCUGCCUCCUGGGCUUGAGUCCUCAGAAAGUCCGCCAGAUAAAACAUAAUCCUCAACUUUUAGGUUGUUCAUUGUUCUCACUCGACCUGGCUCUGAGAUCUGGAGGAUGUGACUGUCCCGCAUAGACACGGACCCUGGAUACUGGCCAUUCUGCUGUUCCUCUUUUGUGCAUUUACCUCCACCUAUCAGCUGGACUUAAGCCUCCAGGGAGCAUCUUUGGGGUUGUUUUGUAUUCAUAUCUCUGGACCAUGAGCCUCAGUAAACAUUUUUUUUUAAUAA